AUGGCCGCAGAUAUGGAUUUGGUCGUCUUAAUCGAUGACUCCGGUGCCAAGCUGGAUCCCGGAAAUUUCGUUGAAAGCAUGGCAGUACUUCUCGAACGGGAGACAAAUUUCAACGUCAAGCCUUUGCCUCGAGCUCGUAUCCCCAUAUUAAAACUCGAACUCGCUCCAUCUUCCGCACUUCCUUUUGGUAUUGCCUGUGAUAUUGGCAUCGAGAAUCGUUUAGCGAUAGAAAACACAAGGCUACUCCUUACGUACGCUACCAUCGAUCCCGCUAGAGUUAGGACUCUCGUUCUGUUUCUCAAAGUCUGGUCAAAACGACGAAGGAUCAAUUCUCCUUACCGUGGCACCUUGUCUUCAUACGGGUUCACUCUCAUGGUUUUGUAUUUCCUCGUGCAUGUCAAACAACCACCAGUCCUGCCCAAUUUGCAACGAAUCAUGCCCAUGCGACCCCUUGAAGAGGACGAGGUCAUGCUCGAGGGUAGAAAUGUGUAUUUUUUCGACGAUGUCGAGACCCUCAGGCGUGAAUGGUCGAGUGUUAAUUUCGAGAGCGUCGGGGAGCUACUGGUGGACUUUUUUCGCUACUUCUCACAUGAUUUCCAAUUCAACAAUUCCGUCUUAUCAUUGCGAGCAGGCCAGUUGACAAAAGAAAGCAAGGGCUGGGUGAACGACAUCGAUGUAGGCGGUCUGAACGAGAUGGCGCGAGACAGAAACAGACUUUGUAUUGAGGACCCCUUCGAGAUCUCGUACAAUGUCGCCAGGACUGUGACUAAAGAUGGACUUUACACCAUACGAGGAGAAUUCAUGCGCGCCACAAGGAUUCUUACACAACGUCCCGAUCGAGCUGUACUUGCUCUCGCAGAACUGUGUCGAGAGCGCGAAGAUGAGCUCCAACGCGCACCAAGAUCUUCUUCUCCAGCCCCUCGCGCACUGUCAGCCAACCGCGGCAACUUCAGCAAUUCCCAUGCCCAGGGCCAAUGGCGAUCCCAAUCUCAAACAUCCUAUGACCGAUUAGGAGCUGGGGUGCACGAAUCGCGCGGCCUCAGAAGUGGCGAAGACUUGUCUGAAUAUUCGGCGCAAGACCUCUGGCUACAUAGUCAAGGCACUAGUCUGGGCGGGGUACAGACUCUCAAUGAGGAUGUUGACGCGCGUGGCUCCAGAGGACGAGAUACAGUCGCUCGCGGCCUCGAUACUGCAGGAGGCUCUCAUCGGGGCAGUCCCUCAACCCGUCGGUCUACGUCCGCCUACGCAGAUGGUGGUGGCUUGACAACGACAGGGACAGUCUCAGCACCUCUAAGUCCUCAGCGGUUGUAUGCCCAAUUGGAGCUGGGCAAGGGGGCGAGCGUAAAUCAGCAGCAGAUGUGGGCUGGGUAUGAUCCGCGACUGCAUGCCAGCGCGGGCAUGCCCCUCGGCGUAUCGGGACCUUCUGGAUUACGUAGUCAAAGUCAACAGGGUACCUCUAGAGCGUUGUCCGGGCUCGCAUCGAGGCCCUUGAGCUCUUUUGCAACAUCGACUGGUAUCCUUCCGACUCCUGCGGGUGCUAAAGGCCUGCAUGCGACAACCCAUCUGCCAGCCUUCUCCCCAUUUGAUGCGGAUCCCGUCACCCCUGCACCCGUCUCGAUACACGUCGAAUCUCUCCACACUGGUCCAUCGACUGCCCCUUUGCGACAGCCUUCCGUUCAUCUUACCGGAAGCGAUGUUCCAGCCGAGUUUAUCAGCCCCAGCACCUUGCUCUCGCCUGUCCCAAGAGUGACAACCCUUCCCGAAUCCCGUAACGGGACACCCGAAGUAGAUUAUCUAGUCCACAGCAUGCGUUCAGUCUCAGUGGACACAAGUGGGGAUCCCGGGUCAAGGGAGAAAUCAGGAUCAGACUGUCCUCCGGCAACUUAG